CUCAGCAACACACUCCUCCGCGGCUCCGCUUGCGCCUACAACGAUGCCCUGGACGCCCCCUACGACCGCCAAGUCGCACGAUGCAAGAACCGGCCCGUAGCACGCGGGGCCGUCUCGGCAGCGCAAGCACACACCUUCGCCUUCCUCCUCGGCCUCUGCUGGAUCCUAACCCUAUCAACCCUCCCCUCCACCAGUUACAUGCCCGCAGCCCUUCUCGCCGGCUCAAUGGCCUUCUACCCCUUCUGCAAACGCAUCACGCACUUCCCCCAACUGGUCCUGGGUCUAUCUCUAGCCCUCAGCCAGGGAAUCGGGUACGGGUCUCUGGGCGUGGAUAUCCGUGUUCUUGACUCCAGGACCCAGAUGGCUCUGGUAUGUCUGUACGUGUCGUAUGUAGUGCACACCAUGAUCUAUGACACGGUGUAUGCGCACCAGGAUCUGGAGGAUGAUUUGAAGGCCGGCGUACUCAGCAUGGCGGUGUUGUGUCAGGGGAGGACGAAGAUCGUGCUGACGGGGUUGGCGGCGGCGGAGGUGGGGUUGCUUGGGGUGGCGGGCUGGAUGAUGGGUUUCGGGGGGAUGUACUGGGGCGGUGCGGUGGGCGGCUCGGCGGUCGUGUUGGGGAGGAUGAUUUGUGUGGUCAAGUUGGAGGAG